AUGGCGACCAAGCUUCUGAGCGUCGUGGCGCUGUGUUCCGCCCUCUUCGCCGUCGCUGCCGCCGCCGCAGCGGAUUCCCCGAGCUUCGUUGUCGAGGGUCGCGUGUUUUGCGACACCUGCCGCGCCGGCUUCGAGACCACCGCAACCGAGUACCUCGCUGGAGCAAAGGUGAGAUUAGAGUGCAGGCACGAAGAAUCGGAAGAGCUCGUUCACACGGUCGAGGGGACGACGGACGCCACCGGCACGUACCACCUGAAGGUCGCCGACGAUCACGAGGACGAACUCUGCGAGGUGGUGCUGGUGGAGAGCCCCCACGCGGACUGCUCAGAGAUCAAGACCGGAAGGGACCGCGCCCGCAUCCUCCUGACCCACAACAGCGGCCUCGCCACCAACGUCCGUCUCGCGAACUCCCUCGGCUUCCUCAAGGAGGAGCCCCUCCCCUCCUGCGGCGUCCUCCUGGCCCAGUACCAGCUCGGCGACGACGAAUGA